GUAUCUACAGCUGAAGGUCAGGAAUUAGCAAAUAAUUUAAAAAUUCAUUACAUUGAAGCUAGUGCAAAAAAUAGGCUCAAUGUGGAUCAGUCUUUCUAUGAACUUGUCAGAAUUGUAAGAACUUUUCAAGAAGAGGAAAGACCAGCAGUAAAACCUAACAGUAGACGGCGUAAAAAAUGUACUCUUCUGUGAUAUAUUUAUAAAUAUUCCAUUGAAUUUCAUUUGUUAUGUAAUAUUGUUAAAUGGCUAUGAUUUUAAAUUGUACUUUUAAAUAGUUUUACAUGCUACAAAACUAAGUUAAAAUAUAAAUGGUGCAUAAUAGUUAAAAAUGUGCGACAGUAAUAUUCAUAAUCUGCAGUUUCAAUAUUGCCACUAAUUAUAGUGUGUGUGUUUUUUGUUUGUUUUUUUUUUACUCUUUUUGGCAAAAUUUAUAUUAAUUUACACAAUCAACAACAGAACUAAGUUAUUAUGUAAAAUAAAUUUUUACACUAGAUGGUUAAGUUGCUUAAACUAAGGAUUAAUGGGAAAUCGACUGUAAAUAUUUAAAUUUAGCCUGUAGUUAUUAAUGGUCAAUUAACCAAUGUUUGAGUUUUAUAAUGAUGAUAUCAAACACAUUCAAAAUACAUAUAUUGUAUAUUUUGCUUUGUAAUUUUUUUGUAAAAGUGGAAUGUUAUCCAGUAUGUAAAAGGUUUUAGGUGCUUUGACCAUAUGUGUUUGACUACACCAGUACUUUGACUAUAGGUUGUUAUACUAUAGGGCUUUGAACUUUGAUGGUUUGACCACAUCAUGGCUUUGACCACAGCGGGGAUUUGAGAACAGGGGCUUUGUCCAUAGGUGGUUUGUCCACAUGCAGUUUUUUUAAAUAAUAAUAAACUUGUAUUUAAUUUUAAAUUCAUGAUGCAAUUAAAAAUAUAAAUUUAUAUGACAAGUUUCUUUUGAGUUGCAAUUAAUAGAAAUGAACAUGUUCUUGAAAAAAGUCUAUAUCAGUCAAACCACCUAUGUGCAAAAACCCUACGGUCAAAGCACCUGUGGUGCCACGUAAAACAUACCUCUUUAAGAUUUUAUAUUAUAAUUAAUGGAUAUAAACUAAACUUCAUUGAACAUGACUUGAAAGCAUUUUUGUGAUAUGAUUAACUUUGUUGUAUUUUUUUUCCCAUAAUACAUAGGUAGACAUCUAAACAUUAUAGUAUAAAAUUAGAUGUUUUUCAUUUAUUAACUAAUGGUCCAUACAUUUUAGAAAACUCAAAAUAUAGUCCAACCUAAAUGUUUUAAGCACUUCAUUCUUAGUAGUU